AGGUUACCAAUGGAGUGGAUUGGUACGGAGCACUCUACAUAUUUCUGCACCCACCAUUUGUCCACUUGUCACUGUCACACCUGCUCCUGCUCUGAGAUGCCACCUGCCAUGUGACAUAGCCGGAAGUCCUUACUGGAGGCGGGACAGGUGCCAUGUCCUGAUCUUGGAGUCUACGUCUCUAAAACUGUGGGCUAAACCAGUCUCGGGUAUUUUGUUAAGCAGCACAAAAAAGGACUAAGUCAGAUAUCCACAUGGAAAUGCCACAUAAGCUUGUGUGGCUUAUAAGGGGGAUCUGGAUAAUUAUGUGGGAGUCAUUGGUUAUGAUACAUGAAGCUGUUGGUACAAAGGUCCAGGGAGAGAAUAUUAACAGAGGAAAGAAUAGGACUUUGGCCUCAGCACCAAGGAAUCCAACAUUUAGAGGCAGUAGAGAGGAUCUGGUAAAAAGCAAGGCAGGAGGAAAACCAGGAAAGUGUGUGUUCUGUGAGUAACUUACUAAAAGAAAACACUCCUUUUAGAGCACAUCCUGGUGGUACCAUCAGAAAUGUCUUUCCUAAGUGGAAAAGUGCAAACUGUUCUGGGCCUUGUGGAUCCAAGCAAACUGGGCCGGACCCUGACCCAUGAGCAUUUGACAAUGACCUUUGAUUGCAAUUACUACCCACCUCCUCCAUGCCAUGAAGUCACCUCUAAGGAGCCUAUCCUGAUGAAGAACUUAUUUUGGAUUCAGCAAAACCCUUACUCCCAUAAAGAGAACCUUCAGUUGCAUCAGGAGACAGCAGCCAUAAAGGAAGAGUUGUUGUAUUUCAAAGCUAAGGGUGGGGGCGCUGUGGUGGAGAACACAACCACUGGCAUCUGCAGGGAUGUGCAGACCUUGAAGUGGCUGGCAGAGCAGACUGGAGUCCAUGUCAUAGCAGGGGCUGGAUUUUAUGUGGGUGCAACUCAUUCUUCAGAGACCAGAGCCAUGUCAGUAGAGCAGCUUACUGAGGUCCUUACUAAAGAAAUUCUCCAUGGAGCCGAUGGGACCACUAUCAAGUGCGGUGUUAUUGGAGAAAUCGGUUGCUCCUGGCCUUUGACCGAGAGUGAAAGAAAGGUUCUCCAGGCAACAGCGCAUGCCCAGGAGCAGCUUGGCUGCCCUGUUAUUGUCCAUCCUGGACAGAGUCCGAGUGCACCAUUUCAGAUUAUCCGAGCACUGCAAGAAGCAGGUGCAGACAUCUCGAAAACAGUUAUGUCCCACCUUGACAGGUCUAUACUUGAUAAGAAGGAACUACUGGAGUUUGCUCAGCUUGGCUGUUACUUGGAAUAUGACCUCUUUGGUAAUAAAUUUCUUAAUUACCAGUUCAACCCGAAUAUUGAUAUGCCUGAUGAUAACAAAAGAAUUAGAAGGGUGCGUCUCCUGGUGGAGGAAGGCUACGGAGAUCGAAUUUUGAUGGCCCAUGACAUACACACGAAGCAUCGUCUGAUGAAAUAUGGAGGUCAUGGCUAUUCUCAUAUACUCACCAACAUUGUGCCUAAAAUGUUACUUAGAGGUAUAACUGAGGCUGCGCUUGAUAAAAUACUGAUAGAAAAUCCUAAGCGAUGGCUCACUUUCAAAUAGGAUGGUUGCUUAUGAAUCAACACUGAGUAUAAAACUUGCAGAAAACCUUCAGUGAUUUCAAGCCCAUGGUACGAUAUUAAUCAGAUCUACAUAGGAUGCACUGACUGAUUAUUUCCUUCUCAUGAGAAGAGUUUGCCUUCUCUGUAAAAGGCUAUUUGCAUCUGUGGGGAGUUGCUGAGCCUAACUGAGCCCUUUUGUUUUGCCCUAACAAAAUAAAUACAGAAAAAUCCAUAUUUCCAAACAAUGAUUUGAAGUCUGUAUCCCCUAAGAGGAGUUUUGGGGUUUUUUUCCUAAUCUAUCAGCUGCACUACUUGAGACAAUUUAAAGUGUUUCUGGUUAAAUUGCCCCCUUCUGGAGCAAUCUAAUGUUUCUUGUAAUAUUGAUGAUCCUACUAAUUAUCCUGCUGUUCUUUAAUUAAUGCUUAAUGAAUAAUAUGGUACUUUCAAAUAGCUUUUGCUGCAAGGAAGUUAAAAUUGGAGAGUUUCUUUUCCAAAGGAUACUGUAAUAUAAUUACCAACACACAACAAUAAUAAUAUUUUGGAAAGUUAAUUGUAUGCUAUCUACCUAUCUAUAAUAAAUCAGUUUUGAUGCCUUUGGC